AUGGUCCUGACCAAUGUCAACGUUGUACUUUCGGCCGAGUUGGCUCGUGAAGGUCUACUGGACAUGUCCGACGACUUCUGGAUGAAAUGCCAGGAGAUCGUUUACCCAGAGGGCAUACCCCAGGUUCGACCCGACGAAGACAGACUGUGGACUAUGUUGCAGAACUACCGCCUCAAGGGUGUCAUCCACUUUCUGGUGCAGAUGGAGAAGAGGUCUGCCUUUAUCCUUGGUGGCUCCUUCGUGGGAGCUCCGAAGCUUUCCUGGCCUUGCUUUACCUGGUGUGUGAUCGCUGGGCUUUGCUGCCCAGCAGGUGUUCCUUCGCCGAUCCUUCCUGGCUUGGCCUACGACAGCACUCUUCGAGUGCCCCUCCCGCUGGUGUGA